UAACCCAGUUAAAGAGAUAUAAAAUUAGUUGACUAGCACGCCAUUCAAGGACAGGCUAUCCAGGCAAACCAAAAGCAGACCAAGUGACCAGAGAAAGCCAGCCAAGGCCAAACAUGGCCAGCGACCUCGCCUCCGCCAUGCAGCAGGUGCAGAUCAACGCCCAAGCCCUUGACGUAGAUGCUGAACUUGAUGCCUGGAUCGACGGCGCCGGCGAAGCCACAGAAGGCAAGCGGCGAAAGCGACAACCCCAAUCCGCAGAGGAACUCAAGCGGGAGCUGGAGGAAGAAUUCCUGGCUCCCUCACCAAGAUUCAAUACCCAAUGGCUAAACCGGCUCCAGAAGCGCUGGGAGGCUCCCGUCGAUUAUGCAGAUUUAUUCGAGCUUGCGCCCACCCAGACCCGGACAGUUAUCAGAUUCACCCGCGAGGGCCUGGAGGGUAGGGUUACUCGCUACCGUGAAGUCACUGUGCCUGCGGGUAGCGCGACGGCCAAGAACUCGACGUCGCUUCGCAGGCGGCCAGCUGGGCGGGCGGAGUUUGUGAGAGGUGCUGCGGGGUUUUAUCCGUUUGAGCCCGGCGGUUUGGAAGCAGUGGAGGCUAUUUCUCUUCUGGAGUCUGAGGCGCAGGCUGAAGAGCUGCGGGCAAGCGCGGCGGCGGGGAAGUCUUCGCUUGAUCGAAUUAUCAAGUUUGGGGUUGAGGGUGGGCUGUUGGAAGUUGCGCCGGGUUUAUCGCGUGGGUUGGAUUUCAAAAAAGAGAAAGCUGCCGAAGCUGAGAGGGAUGCGGAUGAUGUGCAGGAUGCGUUGCAGCGAGAUGACAGCGAGCUGGAUCGCGAGGUCGGAGAGGCUGGUCACGAAGUCGAUGGUGGACUCAAAAAAGAAGAGCCAGACGAAGGGUUGGCCUCCGAUGAGGAAGAAGAUAUUGAUUCCUUGCUUCCUGUUGAAUACCCAGCCUUGGAGCCUCGGGGGGAACUUCUGGCUGCUUCAACGAAGAAAGCCGGGAGAGAAUGGGCUCAUGUGGUGGACGUUAAUAAAGAGAUCACGAAUUUUUACGAUUUGGUGCCUGAUAUGGCUCGAGAAUAUCCAUUCGAGUUGGAUACAUUCCAAAAGGAGGCAGUCUAUCACCUUGAGAAUGGUGACUCCGUUUUUGUUGCGGCCCAUACGUCUGCCGGAAAGACGGUCGUUGCUGAAUAUGCCAUUGCAUUGGCUGCCAAACAUAUGACCAAGGCCAUUUACACCUCUCCAAUCAAGGCGCUGAGCAAUCAGAAAUUCCGAGAUUUCAGAAAUACAUUCGACGAUGUGGGAAUUUUAACGGGAGAUGUUCAGAUAAACCCCGAAGCUAGCUGUUUGAUUAUGACCACCGAGAUUUUGAGAAGUAUGCUCUACCGCGGUGCGGACUUGAUAAGAGAUGUAGAAUUUGUUAUCUUUGACGAAGUCCACUACGUUAACGAUUUGGAAAGGGGAGUUGUCUGGGAAGAGGUUAUCAUCAUGCUUCCGGAACAUGUUACGCUGAUUCUGUUAUCCGCUACCGUGCCAAACACUUACGAAUUUGCAUCCUGGGUGGGUCGGACGAAGAAGAAAGAUAUCUACGUCAUUUCUACACCCAAACGUCCCGUGCCUUUGGAGCAUUUUCUCUGGGCCGGCAAAAGCAUGCACAAAAUUGUCGACGCUGAAAAGAGAUUCAUCGAAAGUGGCUGGAAACAAGCCGAUGACAUUUUGUCCGGGCGUGAUAAGGUCCGUGCACAGAAGGAAGCAGAAGCCAAAGCUAACCAGAGAGGUGGGUUCGUUGACCGUGGACGCGGACAAUCUCAGCGUGGUGCCCAACGUGGUGCUCAACGAGGCGGACCACAGCGCGGCGGUGGCGGUCAGCAGCGAGGUGGCCCACAGCAACGAGGACGAGGACAGCCAGCUCCACGAGGCAUUGGCAACAUUGCGCGAACCGGACGAGGGGGCGGGCGCACCACAGCAGCUCAAGAUCGAAAUAUAUGGGUCCACCUUGUGCUACAUCUUAAAAAAGAAAGUAUGCUUCCAGCAUGUAUUUUUGUGUUUUCGAAGAAACGGUGUGAGGAAAAUGCGGAUUCGCUAUCUAAUCAAGAUUUUUGUGUGGCCUCCGAGAAGAGCUCGAUCCACAUGCUCAUUGAGAAAUCGUUAGCCCGUCUAAAGGUGGAGGACAGACGACUCCCUCAGAUUCGAAGAGUGAGAGAAUUGCUCAGCAGGGGAAUCGGCGUGCACCAUGGUGGUCUUUUGCCUAUUAUCAAGGAAAUUGUGGAGAUUCUCUUCGCCAGAGGUCUCGUUAAGGUUCUAUUUGCUACUGAGACGUUUGCCAUGGGGCUGAACCUGCCUACUAGGACCGUGGUCUUCUCCGGUUUCAGGAAGCAUGAUGGCAGGCAAUUUCGGGACCUUCUUCCUGGGGAGUAUACCCAGAUGGCCGGUAGAGCCGGGCGCCGUGGUCUCGACACUGUUGGGUCAGUGAUAAUUGCCACCUCCGGGCGAGACGAGGCGCCUCCGAUUUGGGCUUUGAAGAAGAUGAUUCUUGGUGAUCCUACUAAGCUUCGUUCCCAGUUCCGUCUCACUUAUAAUAUGAUCUUGAACCUUCUGCGUGUUGAGGCACUGAAAAUUGAGGAGAUGAUCAAGAGAAGCUUUAGCGAGAAUGCCACACAGGCGCUCUUGCCUGAACAUCAGAAGCAGGUGCAAAUAUCCGAAGCUACGCUGGAAAAGAUAACACGAGAACCAUGCGCGAUCUGCGAUAUUGACCUGGAAACAUGCCAUAGAGCCUCAGUUGAGUUUGGGCGUUUGACCGUUAGGCUCCACACUCUCCUUUUGGCGUCCCCGGUGGGCAGACGGCUCUUCGCAACGAAGAGGGUAGUGGUAUAUAGAAAGAAUGGUGUGCGAACAGUCGGCAUGCUAGCGAAAGAGGGUGUUAGCGGCGGCGCUGCACCCUCGCUUCAAGUCUUCGAAUUUGGGCCUCAAAGUCUAGUCCGUCACCCUAGUGAUAUCCUGCCGUAUCUCCCUAUGUUCCGGCAUUACUUCGUGCCGCUGCCAAGAUUGGCUUCCGACAUGCAUCUGAAGACUUGCAAGGUCCCACUUAUGGAUCUAGAAUGUGUCACGUCGGCCAUGGUAAAGUUUGGAGGUCCGCCUUACGCUCUAAAUAAUAAGAAGGAGGGAUUGAAGAUCGCAAACAAAGAGUUAAUACCCUUGGCUUCGUCGUGGGAAAAGGCUGAAUGGGAUGAGCUUGACUGGGGCCGGAUGAAGGAAUUGCAGGUUAUAGAGGUUUUAAACGAGAGGCAGCAACAACUGGAAAUCGCCCAGUCAUGCCAGUGCUUUCAAUGCCCCCAGUUCUUAAAGCAUUUUGAAAUGCAACAUGAUGAGUGGCAGGUGAAGGAGAAUAUUUCGCAAUUAAAACAGCUGAUGUCAGAUCAAAACCUUCAAUUACUGCCAGACUAUGAGCAACGGUUACAGGUGUUAAAAGACCUUGGCUUCGUUGACGAGGCCUGCAGGGUGCAGCUCAAGGGUAAAGUUGCAUGCGAGAUCCACUCGGCAGACGAGUUAGUCCUCACGGAACUGAUACUCGAGAACGUCUUGGCCGAGUAUGAACCCGAAGAAAUCGUUGCUCUUCUAUCCGCUUUUGUGUUUGAAGAAAAGACCGAGAACGCUCCGACGUUGACGCCGCGACUAGAAAAGGGUAAAGAAGCGAUUAUCGAUAUCUCUAAUAGGGUCAACGACCUUCAAGUCAAACAUCAAGUGAUAUUGUCCAGCGAAGACGCAGGCGACUUUGAAAGCAAACCACGCUUCAACCUUGUCGAAGUUGUCUAUGAAUGGGCACGAGGAAUGUCUUUCAACCGCAUCACUGAUUUAACUGAUGUGAUGGAGGGCACAAUCGUGAGAGUGAUCACUCGUCUCGAUGAAACAUGCCGCGAAGUGAAGAGCGCCGCGAAACUGGUGGGGGAUCCUUCGUUAUACACGAAAAUGCAGACAGCACAGGAGAUGAUCAAGAGAGAUGUCAUAUUCGCCGCCUCUCUAUACAUGUAG